AAGGCUCCAACAGAUAAACAUUACACGCGUAGCGUCCACGCCACUCCACGCUUCGUUAGUCCAGAGUGAGAGCCAUCGGCGACGAGAGCUUCUUUUCUCUCUUUCUCUCUUCUUCCCGCAAAAGAAGAAACUGCGUUUCUACAACCCGGAUGUAACGGGACGCAUCACGAUCUUUAUCGUCUUAUCAGCCGAUCCUCUAACGAAAGCGGUCACGGAGCAGCUUGCAAACAUCAACAAGAAGAAAGACGCGCUAACGAAAACUUGUUGACGAUACAAUCCCACCACCCUUUCGUUUAACAUUAUUAAGCGUUGAUCAACGUGGACCACUACGAGGGAUCAUGGAUCUCGUUUACAUACCAGAGCUGUUUACCUACGGAUAUUUGAGGAAUCCGCAGUACCACGACUACGAGCAGCCGUGGAACAGAGACUAUUUCAAGUGCGGUAGCAAAAAAUCAGUGGAAAAUCAACGAACCGUACAGCAGCAAUCCAAAGAAAACUGUCACUUGUGCAAAGAAAUGAAAAGAAGAAAUCUGGCAGUUUACAUAAGAAGUAAAUCACGAAGCGAUUCCUGUCACGAAGGGAUUCAAGAAGAAGAGGAGAACGACGUAAUGUACAAUGAGAGAAAAAUCGUAAACGCCGACCGAAAUAAGUCUGCAAAAUCGUCAUGCAGUGCAGAGAAAUCAUAGCCUCGUAGUAUUAUACAUAAUGGUCACAACAAUAAUAUUAAUUUUAUAUUAAGAUAAGCAUAACAUGCAGAUGUAAAUAU